GUGUUCAACCCUCAUCGCAAAUUUUAAUGGCCGCCAUUGGAUCUUUUUAUCGUAUAGACUAAACUUUUUGCUGUUUUACGCUGUUUUGCAGUAAUGAUGGAUUUAUUUACUGUGACACUUCAUUCACUGUGGAAAUAUACAUAUGACAAAUAUUGUGUUAAACAUUUUGACCCCUUCUACAAGGGAUAAACUGUAAAAAUUUACUUUGUUUAUAAAAAAUCUCGACCCAGUUUUCGGAUGAAUUUGUUUGUAUUUGAAGUCUUGCUUCUUUGACACACCAGCUAUUGACAUAAAAACUAGUACAGAUUACUAUAAACUGUGCAUUUCUUCGAGGCUUAAAUUUGGUUCCAUGUAGAAGUGUGAUGUAGAUGUUCAAGCCAGCAUGAGUGUUAUUCUGAGACUAGGAGCUGUCAACACUGACUCUCCUUACUCUCGACUUGUCUCUGAGGAAUCUGAUUAUGACAAGCCUGUUGAUAUGUCACCAGUGGCAGAGGAUCCUUAUAGCUCCCCUCCACAGACCUACCCAGGAUGCUUUGGUCUCCCAUAUCAGGAUCACAACUACGGAGCACCGCCACCACCAACACCACCUCAGACACCUCCAGUGGUCACACCAGCAGUAAAGGAGAGUGUUGAGGUGAAGGAGGAGAUUGUGGUCACCUCUGAUGUACCCACAGUACCUACGCUUGCACCAAUGUCCCCUGACCCCAUACAAGAUGAUGUGGAUGACCCCACACGUUGUAUCUGUGACUUUGUACACGAUGAUGGCUAUAUGAUACAAUGUGACAAGUGCAGUGUAUGGCAGCACAUUGUCUGUAUGGGAUUAGACCGUGACAGUAUACCGGAUGUUUACUUCUGUGAGGUGUGUCACCCUCGACCUGUUGAUCGGGUCAGGGCCAGAGAGUUCCAGAUUAGGAAACGGGAAUUCCUUAAAUCUCUUGUCAUAAAAUCACAUGAUUCAAGCACAGAUACAGACCCUGAAGAAGUAAACAAUCGUCUAAAGGCAUACGGUCUAGAUCCUCCAGGUUCUAAAAAGCAGAAAAUGAAAUUAAAGAAGAGGAAAGAGCGAAGUAAUUCUAAAACUAACAAGAGGCUUAAAAUCAAGGAAAUAAAAACUGAGAAAGAGAACACCAGUGAUGAGGCUAAUAGAAAGAAUAAACUACUCGUAAAAGAUUUUUCAUCAAGAACUGCCCAAGUAAAAAGAGAAAAGCUAAGUAAGAAAAUAGAGAAGAUGCGAGCAGAGCGACUGAGUAAGGAAAUGAAGGAAGAUAAAUUCAGUAGUGAUGAUCUACGAGAUGAUGAGAAAAUCAUUAAUACCAUAAAUACUAUCCCUGCACCUCUCAUACAGGACGAAAAUGCCCAGAAUCCAUGGGAUAUUAACACAUUCAAUGAAUGGGAACAAAGUUAUGAAGUUGCCCGUUACAACCAAUAUACAACGUAUGUACAGGAGUACCUCAACUCAACUUGUAUAAAUGGACACCAUAAUGAUAUAGCGGACCUUGUUACCGAUGGGCUGCGGGUUCAGCGUUGUCGGAUCAAGGCCUUGAAAAACAAAAGAAAGGGUUUAGAAUCUUCCUGUUCAAUUCCAAACGGUCAGCCAGUGAUAGAGGUGAUUGGAAAGGUUAUGACAAGGCAACAGUAUGAUAAGGACAACUUUGGACAGCGACAGUUGAGUCCAUUUGUGUUUUUCUAUGGAUCAGUGUUUGACCUUGACCUUGUGAUAGAUGCUAGUGAUUAUGGUAAUGAUGCAAGAUUCAUCAGGAGAUCCUGCCAACCUAAUGCUGCUGUGCACCAUGUAGUAGCAGGAGGCCAGGCUCACUUUAUUGCUGUAGCUACCAAAGAGAUCUUAGAGGGAUGUGAAAUCACCAUACCCUUUGAUUAUGAUUACAAAAAGUGGAAUUACUGCGUAGAAUGUGCAUGUCUCCGUAACAACUGCCCAGUGUCAAGGUUUCAGAAACGUAGGCUCAGAUUCCAGAAAUUACAACAGAAUGGAAGUUCGCCAGGAAAGAAAUUUCAUAAGCAUGAUAAAAUACCUAAGUUAACAAUAAAGACACCAGUGAAAUCUCCCACCAAGUCUCCAGUGAAAUCACCAGUAAAGAGUCCAGAGAAGGUAGAGGUGAGCACACCCACACCAGAGACCAUUCAUGUAAGCCCACAGAUGCCGAGUCCAACAAAAAUGGUACGGAGGUCCCAGGUGUCCAGACAAAACUCGAGCAAUGCUAGUACACAAGCUUCAGGUGGCAGGAUCAGGUCAUUGCGUGUUCCAUCACAAACUUCAGAUGAUAAUAGUGUAAGUGAAUCACUCACUGUACCUGAACCUUCGUCAAUGCGUUUCUCUGAAACUGAUCAUCUUACAUCACCAGAGGCUGUCAGUGACUCGAACAAGGACAAUGCUAACAACACAGAUACUCCAAAACCGGAAGAGAAGAAAAAACUUACCCGAGAAGAGAGAAAAAUGGAGGCUAUUAUGAAAGCGUUUGAGAAAAUGGAGAAGAGAAAUGCGAGGAAAGCCAGUCAAGAUCAGUGUAAGGGGAAGAUAAAUCAAGAACAGUCGAAGAGCAAAGACAAUGAACCAGUCAAAGAGAAGGAGGAACAAGUACAAAAAACUGAACCCAAGAAAAAAGAAAAAGUGGUAAAAAAACAGGAGCCUCAAGUCAAGGUCAAAGAAGAACCAAUGGUGGAAGAGAUAUCCGAAGUAAAAGUUGUGUCUCCAGAAAAGAUAAUCCCUCCACCAAAGGUUGAAACUAUCCCUGAGACUACAGAGGUGGAUGUUGAUACUGGUGUGAAGGAAGAACCGGCUGAAGUGAAGGAAGAGGAAAGGACAAGACCAAACCUCCGAGAAAGACCCCCACCACCACCUAAAACGAAGAAAGCAAAGAAAACAGGCGGCAGAAGGUGGGUUAUGUCUUAUUCUACUAAGAAAAGGAGGGUGAGAAACACAAGUGGAGCAGGCAGUAUAAGUACAGAGACACCAUCAGAAUCAAAUGAAGAGAACAGUAACAGUGCCCCGCCCCAGGCAGUCAGCUGUCCAGUGACCCCAGCAGUACAGAUAGAGGCCGCAGCAACACCUCCCUCUUUCCUCCUCCGUAAAACUAAAAGACAUUUGAUGAAUGAGUGGUUAACGGAGAAGAGUUUUGAGACUAAAGCUGAACCCUUGGAGGUUACUGUUGAGGAAGAUAACAUGUUUGUCACUUGUCUGCCAAGUCCCCGCAACUCUAUGGACAGGUUGAGACGUAACAGUGCUUCUGCAGGUGUCCGGGAACGUUCUUCUUCACUACUUGUAGAGACAAGUGCUGGAUCUGCAAAAAAGCGUUGGUUGAGGCAAGCUAUGGGAGAAGGUUCUAAUGAGGGCAGUGGGAUGUCCUCUCCUGCCCCUGGGUCUGGAGGCAUGAGUCCAAACCCACAGGCGACAAUGCCAAGCCCAGGAGGGUCUCCACCUGUAGAUUUUGUGACACCUUUGAAGAAACGUCGACUGGCAAGGGAAUCAUUAUCACAUGAUUCGGUUUCAAGUGAUUCGCCAGCCCAGACCCCAACACCAGCACCACAGGCUGCAAGCAGUUACUUUGCAAGUCUUAAUGAAUCCUUUGAGAACUUCAAGAACAAAAAUGGUUUCAGUACUCUUUUCUCCCCAUUGAAGCCAGAUGUGGAUACAGAUGUCAAAACUGAGAAAUCUGAAGAAUGUGCACUGCCAGGAGGUAGUCAGAUCGAAGUUUCUACUAUUGAAGACCUUCCACAUGAAAUUGCUGGGCCUUCAGAUUCAAAUACUGACCAAAAUAUGGAUGUGAUUUCUGAUAAUAAUACUGGGGAAAAUGGAAUAGUUGAAGUGAAAGAAACUGAAAAAGACGAUGUUAGUUCUUGUGCAGAAAUGGACUGCUCUGUUUCGUGUGACACGGGUACGGAAGUUUGUCACGAUGUGGCAGACGCUCAGAUCUCAAACACAGAAGUGAAGUCGUCUUCGGAAGUGGAAGAUAUUCGGAAGGUAAAUAGUGAACAAAUGAAUGUCUGUGAUCAAGAUAAAAGUGCUAAUUCUGAACCAGAUAGUAGUGACAGUGUCUGUCGAGGUUCAGAAACUGUUCAUGUGGAGGUGGAGUGUGACAGUGGUUCUAGUGGAUCUCAACCUGUUGUAGUAGACACAGGUAAUGAAGUGGACAGCACGGAAACAAGUGUUUCUAAACUGGAAGUAGAAAGUGUGUCAGAUAACACUCGGUGCGAUAGUUGUAAUAGUGAACGAACAAGCUCUACUUUGUUAGAUAGGAAUAAUUUACCUGGACCAUCUAGUAUCACAGACAAUAAAGUGUGUACAUCUUCUUCGUUAUCAUCCUCAUCUUUAGUAUUAAACAAUGUCAGUGACAGUAGUUUUACAAAUAGAACUAUAUUGGAUAGGCUAGCACAAGUAGAUUCAAGUACUGAUCAACCUCGAGCUAGGAGUAACAGUGUGUCAGGAUCACUUUUAUUAGAAUCUGCUGUAACAUCAAAUUCUACUUCAAACAUUUUAUUGACAGAUCACAAUAUUCAUACUAGUGCACACCAUAUUCAUGAUACAUUAGAAAAUGAAGUUUCUAAUAGCUUUGCUAUUGAUAAUGUUCAGUCUAAUAUUAACCGAAAUAUUGUAGGGAAUGUAAAUUUCACGGACCCGUUUUCAGUUUCAUCAAAUAGUUCAUCAGAAAUAGCACCAAUGCCAAACCGUCAUCUAAAAUUCUUAAGUGACAGUAGUUACGGUGCAGAUAUGACAGUUGAUUCAACAACUCAAUUUGUGUCAGGCGUUGGAACCAGUAAUUUAAUGAAUUCAUCAGUUUUACCUGGCAUGGUGGGGUACGACUCAGAUUCUAUGGAUGUGACGUCUGCAUCAGAGACAGGAAUAGGAGCUGGGUAUGAUGAAACAAGAAGAGGCAGUGAGGAUUCCCUUACUGGUUUUCCAGAGCCCCUGUCAAGUACCAGUCAUGAUUCAUCACAGAUUCCAAAAGAGAAGAAAAAGGUGAGCUUACAGGAAUACUUAAAACGGAAGAAGGAGAAAACUAGCUCUGCAGUUCCCAUUGUAUCACCAUCUUCAUCAAGUUCAGCAGCCAUUGCAGGACCAAGCAAAGUGUCAACUGUUUCCAGUACAACAACAACAUCACCACUGAAACUCUCUAACCCUAUCACACUGAAGAAACUUGAUGAGAAACUACCGCCUCUUCCAUCAUUACCCUCCUUACCCAUGUUCGAAAAAACUGAACGAAAGGAAUUUAAAAGUUCGUCAGACUUGCUGUCUCCAAUAUUCAACCGUGAGAAGAAACAGGAAGAGGUGCGGAAGCCAAUGAGUUUAUCAGAAAGAUUACGUCAAGAGUUUGGACUUGAUGACAGUACUGACAACGACACUGACUCAGAUAAUAAAAAUGACCAGUCAGUGAAGGGAUCAACAACUAAUGGUGAUGGAGCAGAUGUACCACCCCCACCCCCUCCACCUCCACAAACACAGGGGUCAAGGUCAUCAAGGAUCACAAAUGGAGGUGCAGUACAAUCACUUCUCAACAUUAAGACAUACCCGACUUCUUCACUAAAAACUGGAGACUCGGCAUCAUCAGUUAUGGGACCGUCUAGUGCUGUACCCCAGAUGGUUCCACCCCCGCCUCCUGCAACGGGGCCAGCAAAGAAUAACAUUGGGGCAGUUCCCAGUAUGGUUCCACCCCCUAACAGCAAACCCCAAUUAACGUCAGCACUUCAUGCACCUCUCACUAACCUGUUGUCAAAUGUGAAGAACCCUCAGAAAUUGCAAAAUGAUCUCACUGCACAACUAGCCGCUAUCAAAGCUCAGAUAAGCAAAGUUCAGAAAUCACUGCCAAAUCCAUCAUCAUCUGUCAGCUUAUCAUCGGGUGUUGAGCAGAUGGGUAACAGUACUACUGUAAAUGGGAUAUCAUCAACUGGUUCAAAACCCCAGGUGUUUGACUAUGGUCAUCAGUCAAGUGCUAAUUUCCUCAGGCAAAACUCUCAUCCUGGUAGCUCUGGUAAAAACUUCCAUGGCUACAAUAAGUCUUCACCAUCAGCAAGUUUCGGCAAAGUUUCUCCACGAUUGAAAGUAUCGCCAACAUUGUUGAGUCAUUCAUUCAAUAACUCAAACAAUCACUCUCAAAAUGGACCCGGGAACCAAUCAUUCAGUAAUCAUAGAGACUUGUCACCAUCAUCAUGGAACCAGAAACGUGCUGCUCCUACUAAUAAUCACCCAUUGAAUAGGAAACCAUUUACAAAACAGACUUCACAUAAAUACUGAUUCUUAGUAGUUUUGUAUUUUACAAUUGAAGAUUGGUCAUUUAAAAUAAGUAACUUUAUUUUAGAGAUACAAAAUUGAAUGUUACGGACGUUUUGGUGUGCUUUUCACCAACGAUGAUGCUUUUUUAGAUGAUUUUAUUUCAAUGUUUUGUGUGUUUUGAGGGAAUUGGAGAUAAAGCACGGUAAAGGGAUAGUUAGAGAAAUAAGGCAGCAUUGUUUAUACUUUGUUUAUAGUUUGUAAAGUAAGCCAGUUUCAAAACUUGUUAUUGUGUAACGUUGUUGAAAUUGCUCAUUUAUGUUGUAAGCUAUCACAUUUACCAUAUUGCUUGUUUUAUGAUGUUACAUUUUAGUUUCAAGUCUGAAAUCAUUGCUUUGUCAUUUUGUACAAUAUUUCUUACGUAAGAACAUCAAGUAUCACAUGAAAUGUGACAGGAACCACAAAGUUGUUUUUUUAAGUGUUCAUGUCAUUCAUUUUACUUGUAAAUAACACAUUAGGAAGUAUUUAUUGUUGUCACUAGCAAGGUAGACUUUGUAUGAAAAUCCACAGGUGAGGGAAACAUUAGUGUCCAGAAACAAAGUGCACUCCAAUAUUUUUUGUUCAAUGACUUAGGAAAAGAUAGAUCCUUGUGUGUAUGUAGAACGUAGAGGUAUAAAGAUGGGGAAAAGUUAACAUAUUUUAAAUGUACAGUUUGGGAUAAUCAAAGAUAGAAAAACUAGAUGUUUUAAAGAUACACUACAGCUGUAACACAGUUUGUUAAUAUCCUAGUACAAUAUUUCAUAAGUUGUGUGUAAAUAUGACUGUCUGACAGCAAAGCUGAUUCAGUUGACACAAAAACUGUCCCAAGAGAGAUAUGUACCAUGUUUUAUGCCCUCUUGUAUUUGUCUGUCUGUACGUUCUGUCUUUCUGUGUUUUUGUUCUUUCCGUCCCCUUUGAAGUUCUCUUUUGUAGAAAAUGUAAAAAAAAUCUAUCCUAUUUAUUCUAUUUAUCCAAAGGUAUAACAAAAUAAUCUAUACGUUUGUAUAGUGCUCUUCUUUGAUGCAAAACCUGUGCAAUUUUACUUCAAAUUUACUUCAAUAUUGAUGUGUCAGUUUGAAUCAACUUUGUUGGAGAUUUCUGUAUAUAAGCAAAGGAAAAAACUUUAUAUUGUAGAGAGAUGUCUAUUUUUGUACAUGUACAUACAUUGAGAUAGAAAUUUUUGCAGACCGAUGUUACUACGUAGGGCAUUUUGUUUUUGUAUAUUUUGUUAGAUAUAUAAACCUUCAUUUUGUGUUGUUAUACCACUCAAAUCUUGGUUGUAUUACAGAGACUAUUUCUUCAUAUUUACUGUGUGAUGACCCUAACUUACAGUCGUACCAAUUCUGGUAAAGUUUGCAGACACAUUAAGGAUUUUUUUCCUUUGUUCACCCAAAUGUUUACAUGGUUUGGCUAAAUUUAUUUGUUUAUUUGCCACCAAAUAGAUACCUUAGGCGAUGAGGAAAUAAUUGGGCUCUUUUGUAAGUGAUGAGAAAAUACUGUGGAUAUACAACUUCAUUUGGAUUUUCGAAAUAAAAUUUCAGUGAAACACAUGAAAUCGACUAUUGACUGUAAUUGCAUGCUUUAAAUAGAUAAUUUGUAAUAGAUACUUACCAUUGAAUGGAUCUUUUCUGUUGAAUGGAUAUGUCUCAACCUCCACUGUUCUUAAACACCAUUACCACUUUUUAGCUUGUUUGGUCGAAUAACAAGAAAAUAUAUUUUUUAUUCAAGCCUGUUUGAGAUGAAAAGUUUGUAUGGUUAGAAAUAGUUCAAAAUUAAUGAAGGAACUAUAGUUACACACUUCCUGAAUUCUUUUUAGUUAAAAAUUUGUUUUGAAAGAAAUCUAUGAGGUAUUGUUGUCACUUGGUAGUCGGCAUUGGUUAAAAGUUUUGUUUAGGUCCACCUUUUCUCAGAAACUGUAAGAGCUACAACUUUGAAACGGUCAUUAUUAGAUGACUUUGUAGGCCAAGAACUAUAACUGCCCGUCUGUUCUCAAAAACUUAUUAUAAGAGUCACAACCUUGAAACUUUGCAGACUUGUUUACAUCAUUAAGUGACUGUAGGCCAAGAACCAUAACUCUAUCCUGCAAUUUGUCAGAAUUAUGGCCCUUUCUGUACUUAGAAAUUCUGAACUAUAAGUCUUUUCUUCACACUGACCAGCACUUGCAGAUGAGCGAUGGCACUUAUGGGCGGUGCUUUUGUUUCUUAUAUUGUCAAUGCUAAAAUUAUUUAUUUGAAGGCGAUUAUCAACAUUUCAAGACAUUUGGAGUUACACCGGGCUUUCUGAACCAUAAAUAGAAGUGGAAAACUUGACUUUAGUUUGGAAUCUACAGCUAUUUUAGAAUCUUUCUUCUAAAAUUAUGAUGACUACUUAGGCACAAUAACAUCAUUGUCUUAGCCAUGUAUGGGCAUAAUCUCGUGUGGUUAACUUAGAUGAAUUAUUUAAAUAACUGUACCUUUUUGUCUGUAGUCCAGUUUUUCCACUUAAUAUGUUUCAGUAAGUUCUGUUGAAAAGUUGUAAAAUGUUGCAUACUUCCCUUUAAAAUGGGCCCCAGGUAUAGGACUGAUCAUAAUUACAUAGAAAGGGAUGUGUUUUAACUUUUCAGAAAUUUGUUUUUAUGUUGAAAAUAUGAGAGGUGUUCUUUUUUUCCCUUUGUCUAUUUUCAAUAUUAAAAAUAAUGAUCUGCAAGGUUGAGGUAACAUUUCUUCAUUAGAUGUUUAAAUGUGGGAAAGUAAUAUUAGUUGAGCUUUAUUUUCAUUUUCGUAAGCCUUUUAAUACUUAGAAUAUUGUUCCUGUAAAGAUAGAUUUUUGAUUGAUAUCACAUUUUGAGGCUCUUGUACUUGGACAGAAUAUAAUCAAAACAUUAAAGAAUUGUGAUAUAAAGAAGAACAGAAAAACUUGGAACAAAAUGGACGUCUUUGAUAAAAGAUUUAUUUGAGGUUUUGUCUUAAUAGACUUUCAGAUAUUAAAAUAUUCUUGUUUUUUCCCAUUAACAUUAAGGUGAUUGCAUAAAAAAUUAUGUUUUAAACAGUCAUUGGUGCAUAUUUAGGGAAAUGUUCAGGCCAAAAAUCUCUUGUCUUUUGACUACAUCAGUUACAUUGUUUUGUAUACAAGCACAGAGAGGUGUAUAUUUGUUGUAGGGUAGCUUUGUGAACAGCUCUAUCUAUUGUACUGUAUAGUUCAUGGUUUGAAGACAGCUACAUAAAUUAUGUACUGUACUGAAAACUAACCUAUUGAAAAGUAAAUGAAAAUUAUACUACA